AUGGAGUUGAGCCAGGAAUCCAUUCAUGAUGUUAUCCACCCUACUGCAGCUUUCUCGGAUAUCCUAUCGAACCGAGAUGCGGAAUCGGUAAUGCAGGACGGCCAGUCUGUUGACUGGCAGAACUCGGUCCUGAAUCCCAAGAAUCGUAUUGACAGCCUUAGCCAGCUGGAGCGACCUCUUUGGCGUAUCGAUGGCUGCACUGCUUUCGGGAGUCAAUUCUAUGCUGUGCCCUUAUUUGUCGAUUCCAUGCCUCCGUUACGGGUGGAUGUCUUUAUCCCAGAGCCUUCGAAACUCUCACUUGAACUUCGACAAGCUCUUGACGUUGAUGUGGCAUUUCACACAACAAGUGCGAGACGUAUUGCUCACCUCGGCAUCACUCAGCAUGUACUACGUAUCUUGCAAUAUUGGACUUCGAGCCAGCAAGAUCCUGUCGCUAUCUUCAGAAUGAUUCCUUAUGGCUCUAGGAUUGUGCUCAAAAAUAUGCCCAAGAAUGUCGCUGAUGCAGAAAUCAUUGUCGCCCCAACUCAUUAUCUUGAGCGGCAGCUCUGGUCCGUAUCCUCGCUUCAGGCUGCCUGGGGGACUAAUGUCGAACUACCCCGAGUGGUCGACCUCGAUGACGUGGUGUACGUCUCACAGCUGCACGACAGUGUCUGCCUUGUCGAGAUCGAUGGCAAGACGUGGAUCUUCAAGGCUCUUACCAGUUACACCAAGUACCUUUAUCACGAGCUAAGGCAGCUUCUCACCAUACCCCCACACCCCAACGUUGUUUCUCGGCCAGUGCACCUAGUUACGAAACAAUGCGGCUUUGGAGGCAAAGUAGCCGUUGUCGGAUUCACGCUUGAAUAUCAUAUUCAUGGUAGUCUGCGCGAUCUUAUCCCCUUUCUCAAGCUUCACAACAUGGUAACAUUGGCUGAUGAGACAAAAUGGGCCACCCAGCUGGCAUCGGCAUUGGUGCAUCUUCGUGCGACGACCGACAUGUUCUACCCUGAUCUCAGACUAGACAACAUCGUCCUUUCAGCUUCUCGAGAUGCAGUGAUGGUCGACUUCGAGCAGCGUGGAGUCUGGUGUGAGUUUGCGGCUCCUGAAGUCAAUGCACUUGAAUAUGUGAGGCUUCUUGCUAUCGAUGAAGAAAUUCCAGCAGAAGUCAGCGAAAAGUACUCGAACCUCUUGUCGCAAAUGCUUCCAGAUUGGGAGGCGAUGGGUGACAGGGAAGAAUACAAAUGGCCUUCCAAAGGCUACAACGUUCCAUGGGCGUGUCUUACGGCGAAGGAGCAGGAGGCAUGCGAGGUGUACAUGCUUGGCCGAGUAUUGUGGUGUAUCUUUGAAGGGAAUAGCGCUCCCCAAAGAGCCGCAGUCUGGCUUUCGUACAGAUGGGAGCCGCUGGUUGAGUUCCCAGGGUACACAAAGACCCCUGGGGCCAUGCAGCGGCUGAUCGACCGGUGUACACGUGGAAGACGGUCUGGUCUCAGUAGAUGGAUUGUCAGGGAAAGGAACCAACUCGUGCUCCGCGAGCUGGAGAAAACGGGUCUUUCUACACCAGAAGCUAUACAACGAACUGCGAAGGAGUGGUGGUCUGCAGAGAUCGAUGCAUCGGAGGAGUGGUUGAGGCAGAGAAUUGAAGGUAUGAAGAGAGGUGAUUGGAAGGAGAAUUUCUACGACCGGCCAAGUCUGAAGGAUGUGCUCGCGGAACUGGAGGCUUUUCGUGACGAAGCUGGAUUCAAGUUUUAA